GACAUGGUUGAUGAUUAACCCUCAGGAGUUUGAACUUCCGCAGCAUCACUAGUUUAGAGCGAUUAGGGACAAAAUCUAUUUGAGUUCUCAAGAUCAGACAGGCAAGGCGGUCUUGACACAUUUUUACUGGUUAGGAUUAUGUUGGCCAUACUAUCAGGAGUUGUAGGAUUAUUGCUUUUGCUAUGGAUGUUCUAUGACUUUUUAUGGCCACCACCUGUAUUUGUUGAGAGACAACUUGGUAAACCAGAUCUGCCAAUCGAGUACAAUUUGGUACACACUGCCAAAAAUAUUCCUAGGUUGGCUGGAAAACAAUUGCUCUUCAGUAAAUGGCUUGGGAGAACUGGCCUGGGAAAUGUUUUGAAAAAGAUUGCAUUUAGAAAAGCAGGGUUGGACUUGCUUAUAAGAAUCAAAAUACCUGAUGCUCCAACAUUAUUUCCUUUGCCUGAGCCUCAUCAACAUAGAAAGAGCUAUGAACCUGUUGACUUUGACAAAUUGAUUGAGGAAAGCAUUGAAAAACCAAAAGAAUCUUCCUUCAAGUUUGUAACCAUUCCAAACCUCAUAAAGGAAUACAGGUCACACACAGUCACUCCAAUGCAGAUAGCAGAAAGAGUGAUGGAGAUCAUUAGUGACACAGAAAAACAGAACCCCAAAUUAAGAGCCAUUGUCCAGCAUGACAAAGAUGAAAUUUUGAAGAUGGCAGCAGCAUCUACCAAACGAUAUGCUGAGGGUAAUCCAUUGUCUUUUGUGGAUGGGAUUCCUGUGGCUGUGAAAGGGGAGUAUCAUGUGGCGCCAUACUAUACUCGUUGUGGCACCACAUUUAUGGGGAAGACACCUUCAACAGAAGAUGCUCACAUAAUUAAGAAGCUGAGAGAUGGAGGAGCAAUCAUUAUUGGUAUAGCUAACAUGCAUGAGUUGGGAAUUGGGACUACAGGAAACAAUCCAAACAGACUUCAUGGAAUUCCAAGAAAUCCGUACAACGUGAAUCAUUACACAGGAGGGAGUUCAAGUGGGUCUGCUGUGGCAGUGGCUGCAGGCUUGUGCCCAAUCGCUUUAGGAACAGACGGUGGAGGUUCUAUUCGUAUUCCAGCGGCAGCAUGUGGAGUGGUUGGAAUAAAAGGUUAUGUGGUUAGCGAACCUCCUCGUAGAUCUGCUACUCCGAAAAACGUAUUUAUUAUUUUAGCGUUUAAUAAUCAUUACUUGGUUAUUUUUCUAGCCUCUUGUGGCCGCAUAAGUACCAGUGGAGAAGUUCCCCUGGCACAUACCGUUAGUUAUGUUGGACCUCUUUGUGCCACUGUGAGCGAUGCAGCCUUGGUGUAUGCAUUUUUAGCUGGUAAAGACGAAGAGGACCCCAAAACCCUUGGUCAGCCGGAUGUGACUCUGGAAGGACUUGAAAACAUCUCGACCCUCGAGGGAAUAACACUUGGUAUCGACUGGAAGUACUUUAGGGACUGCGAUGAAGAUGUUUACAAAGAGUGUGAAAAAGUUGUGAAGUAUCUGGAGGAUAAAGGGGCGUCUGUGGUGGCCAUUCAGAUUCCUGAGUUGAUGGAGACGGUAAGCGCUCACGGAAUCAGCAUCAUUUCGGAAAUGGCGGCUGGUUUGGAGGAAGAGUUUGACAAAUAUUAUAAUGAACUGAACCCGGAGACUGCAUCUAAUUUGGGUAUGGCGCGACUUGUUACUGCUCGGCACUACUUCCAGGCCCUGAAGCAGCGAACAAGGUCCAUGGCUUUCUUGAAAAAGAUUUUUGAUGAGGAUGGUGUUGACUGUAUUUUAACCCCAGGACUUGGAAUGAAAGUACCCAGAAUCCCUGACGAUGCUUUAGAAUAUGGUGAAGGAAACCUCAUGACAACUACGCAAAUGAUGAGGUAUAUGGGAAUCGGAAAUUUUACCGGUGUUCCAGGGAUGACCCUUCCAGUUGGUUACGAUGAUCAAGGCCUUCCGAUCGCCUUGCAGAUUAUGAGUUCCUGGUGGAAUGAACAUACCAUGUUGCGUGUGGCGCACGCUGCAGAGGGCUUUGUAACCAAAAAGAAACCACAGGUGUAUUACAGCCUGCUGGAAUAAUGGACUCGAACAACGACUUUUUUUAAAUUUUCUCCUGAAGCGCUAAGCGUUAUGUGAUGCUUUUGUCACGAGAAAUUACGCGACCUUGUUGUGUUUCUGUCCAUCUUGAACCUGGGGAUGUAGCUAAUCAGAAAUAUUUUGUAAUCUGUUCAGGGAACAUAAUUUUAUUUACAGAAUUGAAUCAUUUUUUUUUUUGUUGGGGUAUGGCUUAAUUUUUGAAAGGUAUGACAAUUUACAGACCUCAUGGGAUGAGAUGGUGGUUUGUCUGAGUAACUGAUGAUCUUUUGGGCGCCUAAUGAAAAUAAAGGUGAAGAAUCUACGAAA